GAGCGCGCUCCCAGGCUGCCUCUCAUUUCAGUCGUCCGGACACGGAGCUUCAGUCUUCGGGAUGGCGCGCUCGGUGACCCUGGUCUUUCUGGUGCUUGUCUCACUGACCAGCCUGUAUGCUGUCGAGAAAUCUCCUCUAAUUCAAGUAUACUCGCGGCACCCACCGGAGAACGGGAAGGCAAACUUCCUGAACUGCUAUGUAUCACAGUUUCACCCGCCUCACAUCGAAAUUGAACUGCUGAAGAAUGGGCAAAAAAUGACUAAUGUAGAGAUGUCAGAUCUGUCCUUCAGCAAGGACUGGUCUUUCUAUAUCCUGGCUCAUGCUGAAUUCACGCCCACUGCCACCGAUACAUACGCCUGCAGAGUUAAACAUCCCACUAUGAAGGAGCCCAAGACCGUCACCUGGGAUCGAGACAUGUAAUCAAGCACCAUGGAGCUCUGAAGAUUCAUUUGGACCAGUUUAAUUCCUAACCCAGUUUCUAAUAUGCUUUGCAAUUUAUGCACACAGUAAGAACUAGCAAUGUGCCCAUCAUCUUCUUUAUAUCUCACUUUAAAUGUUUUAUGCAUGUUUUCAAAAAAAAUUGGAGACUAAUGUCCUAGAUAUCUGGAAUAAUAAAGCUUCAAUGAGUAUUUUGAUCAAAAAAUAAAUAUAGUUAAGAACAAUA